AUGGGCUGGAAUGAAAAGUGGUUGCUCAACUGUCUCAUAUUAUUCCUGCUGUGGUAUUACGCUUGGUUUCCUGUGUUUCCUACUUUCGUCGCACAAGGUGUGGUGUUUCGUGCGGAUGCAGUUCGGCAGUCGUGCAUCUGCCUUCCCCAGCCUGUUGGGGCUGCAGCCAAUCGCAAGCGCUCCCAACCAAACCGAACAAAGUUGCGACUGCUUGAGUGCCACACCUUUUUUCAUGCCCUUGCCUCCCCUCUUCAUGCCCUUGCCUCCCCUCUUCAUGCCCUUGCCUCCCCUCUUCAUGCCCUUGUCUCCCCUCUUCAUGCCCUUGCCUCCCCUCUUCAUGCCCUUGCCUCCCCUCUUCAUGCCCUUGCCUCCCCUCUUCAUGCCCUUGUCUCCCCUCUUCAUGCCCUUGCCUCCCCUCUUCAUGCCCUUGCCUCCCCUCUUCAUGCCCUUGCCUCCCCUCUUCAUGCCCUUGGCUCCCCUCUUCAUGCCCUUGCCUCCCCUCUUCAUGCCCUUGCCUCCCCUCUUCAUGCCCUUGCCUCCCCUCUUCAUGCCCUUGUCUCCCCUCUUCAUGCCCUUGCCUCCCCUCUUCAUGCCCUUGUCUCCCCUCUUCAUGCCCUUGCCUCCCCUCUUCAUGCCCUUGCCUCCCCUCUUCAUGCCCUUGCCUCCCCUCUUCAUGCCCUUGUCUCCCCUCUUCAUGCCCUUGCCUCCCCUCUUCAUGCCCUUGCCUCCCCUCUUCAUGCCCUUGUCUCCCCUCUUCAUGCCCUUGCCUCCCCUCUUCAUGCCCUUGCCUCCCCUCUUCAUGCCCUUGCCUCCCCUCUUCAUGCCCUUGUCUCCCCUCUUCAUGCCCUUGCCUCUCUUCUUCAUGCCCUUGCCUCCCCUCUUCAUGCCCUUGUCUCCCCUCUUCAUGCCCUUGCCUCCCCUCUUCAUGCCCUUGCCUCCCCUCUUCAUGCCCUUGCCUCCCCUCUUCAUGCCCUUGUCUCCCCUCUUCAUGCCCUUGCCUCCCCUCUUCAUCCCCUUGCCUCCCCUCUUCAUGCCCUUGUCUCCCCUCUUCAUGCCCUUGCCUCCCCUCUUCAUGCCCUUGCCUCCCCUCUUCAUGCCCUUGCCUCCCCUCUUCAUGCCCUUGGCUCCCCUCUUCAUGCCCUUGCCUCCCCUCUUCAUGCCCUUGCCUCCCCUCUUCAUGCCCUUGCCUCCCCUCUUCAUGCCCUUGCCUCCCCUCUUCAUGCCCUUGCCUCCCCUCUUCAUGCCCUUGCCUCCCCUCUUCAUGCCCUUGCCUCCCCUCUUCAUGCCCUUGCCUCCCCUCUUCAUGCCCUUGCCUCCCCUCUUCAUGCCCUUGCCUCCCCUCUUCAUGCCCUUGCCUCCCCUCUUCUCACCCUUGCUCCCGUGGAAUCUUUUCACCAACCAGUGGAGCUCUUCACCAAGUAUGGCAGGAGGGGGCGCAUUCGCGAGCCAGUGGGCACCAAAGGAGCAAUCAAGUGUGUGUUCGACGGGGUGGUGCAGCAGCGUGAUGCCGUCUGCAUGGCCCUCUACAAGCGAGUCUACCCCAAGUUUCCCUUUAUUCAAGACGCCGUAACAUAUCCCCAGAUGCUAACUUCACACCUCCCUCCGUUUGGACACCUGUAUUCCUUUCCAUCACAGGUCGUUGUGACGUAUGGCGCCAGCUGGUGCCAUGCGUGCAGCAAGAUGCUUCCCACCUUUUUCAACCUGAGCAACGAGUACUCGCGGCCCAUUUUUGUGUACGCUGACGUGGAUAAAUGCACUCAGAUGGCCGAGGACGUUCGCUACACCCCCACCUUCCGCUUUUUCCGCGAGGGCAGUAAAGUGGACGAGUUCUAUGGGGCAGGUCCGCAGAGGCUCCGGGAUAGAGUGUGGCUGCAAGUCCUGCAAGCUGCAGCAACAGGGCCUUACCACGUGUCCCUUCAGAGAAAUGCGACCAAACUAGAGAAGCAGGCUAAGUCAAACAGCUGCGGAUUCAGAAGAUCCAGCGGGUUUACCUCUCUCUCCGCCUUCCAAAAAGACACAAUUUCCCGUGAGAGACGGUUCACCGCAUUCGCCACGUCGUCCGGCUCAACAUCCACGUCAGAAGCCGAGCAGAAGCAACAACAAGAAUCCACGUCAGACGCCAAGAAACCCGCAUUCGAGGACGUGCCGGAGGACGACGAAGACGUCGGCGAAGUCGAGAAGAUUCUGGGAAGCCGCGUGGCGGAGGACGGCGUGACGCAGUAUUUGAUCGAGUGGAAGGACGACCAUCCGGACAGCUGGGAGCCGCGCGAGAACGUCGCGGCGGACCUCGUGGCGCAGUUCGAGGAGCCGUGGUGGACUGCGGUGCGGCGCGGUGACGACGCGAAGAUCGAGGAGCUGCUGGCGGAGGGGCGCGACGUGAACGCCGUUGAUGGGAAUGGGCGGUCUGCGCUGCUGUUCGCGGCGGGGCUUGGGAAUGAGAAGCUGGUUCGCAAACUGCUGGAGGAGGGAGCUGACGUGGCGUGGCAGGACAAGGAGGGCUACAGCGCGCUGCACAUCGCUGCGGGGUACGUGCAUUCGACGAUAGUGCGCGCCUUGCUGGAUCACGGGGCGGACCCCGAGCAGGAGGACAAGCAGCAGCGCUCGCCCCUCAUUCUCGCGGAGCAGCUGCUCAAGGCCACUCCCGCUAAUAACCCCGGCGCCUUCGCGCGGCGCCUGGCCCUUGACAACGUGGUGAAGAUGCUGGACGAAGCCGUGUUUGAGGAAUCUGAGGUGGACCAGAUCCUAGACAAGCGCAUAGCGGAGGACGGCACCGUUGAGUACUUAGUUAAGUGGCAGGACGACUCAGAGGACAGCUGGGAGCCGGUGGAGAACAUAGGCGAGGACUUAAUUAAGGACUUUGAAGAGGGGCUGGAGUAUGGUGUAGCGGAGAAAAUUCUGGAGAAGCGGGUGGUGGGUAAGUCUCAGGGUGGGGACGAGGGUGUGGUGGAGUACUUAGUUAAGUGGCAGGACUCGGAUGAGAACACGUGGGAGCCGGAGGGGAAUGUGGCGGCUGAGGUGAUAGCGGAGUUUGAGGGGGUGAGUGUGGAGGAGGUGGAGGCACGGCUGGGCAAGGAGGGAGGGAAGUAG